AUGUUCUACAUAUUCUUAGUACUGAAACUAAUAUUCUUACUAGUAAUACCAACAAUUGCAGGAAAGGAUUACUAUAAGAUCUUGGGGAUUCCAAGAAAUGCAAAUGAGAACCAAAUAAAGAGAGCAUAUAGAAAACUAAGCUUAAAAUAUCAUCCAGAUAAAAACCCUGGCUCCAAAGAGAAAUUUAUGGAAGUUGCUAAUGCAUAUGAGGUUUUAGUAAAUCCUGAAACAAGACGUAAAUACGAUGCUUUUGGAGAGGAAGGACUAAAAUCAGAUGGAUUUGGUGGAGCAGGAACAGAGGGAGGGUUCGACUUUGGUGGCUUUGGUGGUUUUGGAGGCUUUGGUGGUUUUGGAGACUUUGGAGGUUUUAAGUUUAGUGCAGGAGGGAAUACCUUCCAUUUUGGAGGAGGAGGCGGGCCCUUUAACUUCGGAGGGGGAGGCAGACAACAGGGAGGUCACUCCAGGUCACAUUUUGAAUCUCAAGGAAGUUCAUUUAACAAUUUGUACUCAGAUUCAAAACAUGUUACAGAGCUUUCAACAAUGUCAGCUGGUGAAAUUAAAGAGAAGAUUAAAUCUAGGGAGUGGAUCAUGAUAGUGAACUUCUAUAGGCCUGGAUGUGGACCUUGUAAGCAGCUGGUCCAGGCUUAUAGUAGUAUAGCAAAAAUUAUGUCUCAGUAUGACGUUGAGUUUGGGGCUGUAAAUUGUGAUACCCACUUCCAGCUUUGCCAGUCUUAUAAUGUUGAGAGGUACCCUCAUCUAGCAAUGUUUAUUAAAGGUAAAAAUAGUCAAAUUGUUUAUACUCCAAGUCCUGGAUCUAGAAGUUCUUACAGUGAGUCAAAUAUAGGUAAAUGGAUUACUGAAAAGAUGCCAGAUCAUUCUAUGCGUCUUAAUUCUUAUAACCAGGCAGUUCAAUGGCUUAAACUAGGGAAACACAUUCCAAAGGCUGUUCUUUUCACUAACAAAGAUUCCUCCUCUCCUUUACUUAAAAAGAUCGCAAAAGAUUUUCAAAAUAGGUUAAACUUGGCAAUUGUUUCGAUAAAUAAUGACUGGCUGAAAAAGGUAUUCUUUGCAUCUCCACAUAUGGAAGCCUCUAAGCCUGCAACUCCACCUUACAUUCUCUCAGUGGAUGAAAUCAAUGAAUCUGAAGUUAAAGGUGGAAGAAAAGGCGCCAAAUCGCCAUCACUAACUGCCUCUGGAGAAUGGAUUUCUUUAAAUACAAUUUCUCAUGAUGUCAUUACAUUAACAUUGAGCCGUAUCGUUGGCUCAUUUAGAGCAAGAAAACAACAUGACAUGAACGAGGCAAUGAAGAGCAAAGUACAAGAACUAACUUUUCAACUGGUUACCUCUAAAGGGUUCUGCUCUGAAACUGAUUCAAGAUUUUGUGUUAUCUUAAUUAUGGAGAAGAAUGACUUUAAAAUAGAUAAGCGUUUUGAAGACCUUUCUUUCAAGUAUAGAAACGACCCAAUAAACUUCUUUUGGAUCUCAGCCUUUAAAGAUGGCAAAAAUAGCCAUUUCUUACAUACUUUUAAGUGCUACUCUGAGUCUUCUUCACCUUCUUCAAAGAUGUGUAUAACCAUUUACAGAGCUAAACGAAGAAAAUUCCAAACAUUUGAUAACUUUGAACAGCUCCCCAAAUUCAUUGAUGGGCUCUUUGAUGGAUCCCAUUCACUCUCAUUUAACAUCCCAAAAUCUACUCCCAUCCCUAUUCCAGAAAAAGAUGAGUCAGAUUCUUAUCAAGACUAUGAACAAGAUCACGAAUACAGUGACUCUGAAGACGAUGUUGACGUUGACCAAGAUGGACCUAAUGGAAGUCCUAGGGACGAACUCUAA